UAAAGCAGGGACAGCGGAGAAACCGUGCAAUGGCACAUGCCCUCUUUUCCUCACCUCCGCCACGGCCUGAUGCUUUAUCGUGACGCAUGUAAGGUGUUUGUGUUUUUGACCCGCCAAUGAAACGCCGAGGAAGAUAAAGAAAAAGGAGGACGGAAGGAAAGAUGGGGUCGCGAGUUAAAAGGGUGCGUGGAAUUGGCGCCACGGACGGACGGCAGAGUCGGUCGGGGGAUGGGGUGCACGGCGUCGCGGGUGGAGAACGAGGACACGGUGCGGCGGUGCAGGGAGCGGCACCGCCUCAUCAAGGAGGCCGUGCACUCCCGCCACCACUUUGCCUCCGCCCACUCCGACUACCUUCGCUCCCUCCGCGAUGCCGCCGCCGCCCUCACCCGCUUCGCCCUCGGCGAGCCCCUCGGCGUCUCCGAGCACGCCCCUCCGGUUCUCCUCCGCUCCUCCGCAGGCCCAUCCACGCUCCCGCCGCCCACGCGCCAGCCACAUCCGCCGCCUCCCCCUCCAUUCUACUUCUCCUCUUGCUCCUCCCCUCCUUCGCCCUCUCCCGGCAUUCAGCUCCCUCGCGUCCUCCCCGUCUCCGGUGCCACUGACACCAACCUUCGCAAUCCCUCAGUGGCCGCCCCUCCGGGGCGCUUCGCGGCCAUGAACUCUACGUAUCCCGCCAGCCCCUCCCACUCCUCCUCUGCCUGGUCUACCUGGGACUGGGAGUACUUCUACCCUCCCUCUCCCCCAAGUUCCGAGUUCUUUGAUCGUCGGAGAGCCGAGCUCGAGGAGAAAAAUCGCGAUCAGCACCAUCAUCUCGCCAUGGAGGUAGAGAAGAUGGAAGGAGGAGGAGGAGGAGGGAGGGAAGAGGUCCACUGCCGCCAAUGGGGUGAGCCCCACUCGAGCUCCACCAGCUCCUCCACCAGAUCCGACGACGAGGAGCCGGAAGCGGAUAAGGACUCGAGAUCCACCGCGAUCUACGCCAGAUCCGACUACGACGGUGCCUCGGAGCGAAGCCGGUUGACGCCAUCGGAGAUCGGGUCUCUCACAGCGACGGUGGUGAAACCACAGCAGUGGGUAAGGUCGGAGGCCGGAUCGUCUUCAGCGCAGUGGAACGCAGGGCGGCAGAUAAUCUCCUGCGCCUCCGCCGCUGCAGCGGAGGAGCUCAAGGUGGUGGUUCGCCACCGCAACCUGGCGGAGAUCGUGGCAGCGAUCGACGAGUACUUCGCGAAGGCCGCUGCCGCGGGCGACGCGGUCUCCGAUCUCCUCGAGACCGGCCACGCCCGGUUCGACCGCAACUUGUCUCAUCUAAAGAAGACGGUGUACCAUUCAAAUGGUGUACUGAGAGCGCUAUCGUCGAGUUGGACAUCGAAGCCGCCACUGGCGAUACGGUAUCAGUUGAAUACGGAAGCCAUGGAGUCGGGUGGAGGAAAGAAGAGCCACUGUUGCACCUUGGAACAACUCUUGGCGUGGGAGAAGAAGCUCUUUGAGGAGGUGAAGGCUAGAGAAGGUGUGAAGAUCGAGCAUGAGAAGAAGCUAUCGACUUUGCAGAGCCUCGAAUGCAGGGGAAAAGAUGAUUCGAAGCUGGACAAAACCAAGACUUCCAUAACUAAACUGCAAUCGCUAAUCGUAGUCACAUCUCAAGCCGUGACUACCACCUCUUCUGCUAUCACACGAGUCCGUGACGACGAGCUCGCACCGCAGCUUUUCGAGAUCUGCUACAACCUUCUGAGUAUGUGGAAGCAAAUGAACCGAUUUCAUGAAGCUCAAAACCAUGUCGUCCAACAAGUGCGUGGUCUCGUGAACGGCGCCUUCGCUGGUGCGACCACAUCUGACCUCCACAGGCUUGCCACGCGUGACCUCGAAGCUGCCAUUUCAGCUUGGCAUUCCAGCUUUGACCGCCUGAUUAAGUACCAAAGAGACUACGUCAAUGCGCUGUAUGGUUGGCUCAAGCUGACCCUUCUCCGAGUCGGCGGUGACAAUAUCCAGGAAGAUCACUCUUCUCCCCUCUCGAUUGCACUCACUGCCUUCUGUGAUGAAUGGAAGCAGGCACUCGACCGACUGCCUGAUAAGGUUGCCUCCGAGGCGAUCAAAAGUUUCAUGAGUGUCAUCCAUGUCAUCUGCACAAAACAGGCGGAGGAGCUAAAGAUUAAGAAGCGGGCUGAGACAUACUCCAAAGAGUUGGAGAAGAAGUCGACGUCGCUGAGAAGUAUCGAAAAGAAGUACUACCAAUCCUACUCGACGGUCGGUAUCGGCCUUCCCGGCGGUGGGAAUGAGAACAACGGGCAUGUGUUGUUCGACGCGCGUGACCCGCUGGCAGAGAAGAAGCUGGAGAUCGCCGCUUGCCGAAGAAAGGUGGAGGACGAGAUGGUGAAGCAUGCCAAGGCAGUGGAGGUCACAAGAUCCAUGACACUAAACAACAUCCAGACGGGCCUGCCCGGGGUGUUUCAGGCCAUCACCGGGUUCUCGGGCUUGUUUGUGGAGGUUCUUGAAGCUGUUUGCCGACGAGCUGGGUCGUUUUAGUAAGAACACCCGUUCCAUAGUUUUGGCUGCUUGGAUUGUCGACAUUACUCGAGAAAAGAAGUAAACUAAUAAUAUAUGAAAGGGAGCCCUUUACAUCUACUUGUUGUUUAUUAUAACAGAUCUAAUAUUCUUUGCGACGUCUUUCUUUGUAGAGGCAAAAAAUG